AUAUUCAAAUAUUGCAUGAAAAUGUGAACAAAUAUUGCCGAGAAAGGCAAGAAAAUUAAAUAUUUAAAGAAUCAGUUAUCUUUUCAAAUUUUGCGUUUCGAAAAUUAAUCGAUAAGCGUAUGUCAACUCUGAGCCACAGCUGUUGCCUACACGUGAUUCUUGCUGUUCCCAAGAUUGUUGUUGUUGUUGCUGCCCCCGUUGCGUGUACAUUUGCCUUUUUUUCAAAGUCAAACAAAUUUUGUUUGUUUUGUUUUUCUUUUGGAUUUCCAACAAAACAUUCAUAUCGUAAGACAACCAUUCUGGAAACAUGGCGGGAUCCAUAUAAAAAUUUUGUUUGGUUGACGGCAAGUGGAAAGAGAAAGACACGCACACACAUACACACCUGGACCCACAUCCACAUCCAGAUAAUGCAAUCCUUGCGCUGCCCUCUACGUACCUUUAUACUGACAGCCACCCGUAACGGCCGGCGCAAUCUCAACCAGCCACAACCGAGAAGUGGCUUAACGACAGGAAAUGGAAAUGGAGUUAGAGCUGGAGCUGGAGCCGGUGCCGGUGUCGGAGCAUUGCAAAAGCUAAGAGAAUGGCAUACUGCCGCCUUUAGCAAAAAGUUUCUGCUCUUUACAAAUGUUGGCAUCUCGCUGUCCCUCAGCUGUGUUGGCGAUGUCCUCGAGCAGCAUCUAGAGAUUUAUUGUGGGGAAAUCGAGCGUUUCGAUAAGACCAGGACGACACACAUGGCCACCAGUGGCGUUACUGUUGGGGUCAUCUGCCAUUACUGGUAUCAAAUGCUCGAUAAACGUAUGCCCGGACGCUCCAUGCGUGUGGUGGCCAAAAAGAUUAUACUCGAUCAGUUGAUCUGUUCCCCUGUUUAUAUCUCAGUGUUUUUUGUCACGCUCGGCCUACUAGAGAACAAGGACAGGCAUGAAGUGUGGGAGGAGAUCAAGGACAAGGCCUGGAAGCUAUAUGCAGCCGAAUGGACAGUAUGGCCUUUGGCUCAAUUCAUUAACUUCUAUUGGAUACCCACGCAUUAUCGGAUAUUCUACGAUAACAUCAUCAGUCUGGGCUACGAUGUGCUAACCUCGAAGGUGAAGCAUAAAAAGCCUUAACGACCGAUCGAAACAAAAAAAAAACAAAAAAAUAAAUUUAGAAUUUUAAAUCUUAUUUUGUAAUUAUUUAUUUUAUUAUUUUUGAAAGAACUUUGUAAAUACAGAACAACCGAUAUAUGUAUGUACACAUCUA